AACAAUGUCAUUUUCACCGACUUCAUCCUCCGUAUCGGAAAAUUCCGCAAGUGAGGAAUGGUUGGCGGACAUCCACGUGGUGGAUCCAAUGCGUGAUUACUUUUGCUCACUCCAGACCGCCAAUGUGCCAUUUACCGUGCGACAGAAUAAUACUGGAGUGUUGGGUUACAGUUUAUACUUGAGAAAAUGGCCGCAGCUUGAUGCUUCAGUGACGUCUAGUUAUUCUCUGACAGCGCAGUGUACAGACGGUACUAACACAAAAACAGCGACACACACAGUGGCAGUGACAGCUAACUCCAAACCUAUCAUUUCUAACCUCGGAGGAGGCGUUAGUGUGAUUUUAGAUGCAAGGACAGUUUUGAUUGGUCACCUUGUUUACAACGUAACUGCCACAGAUAACGAAGGGGAUCCAAUGACUUUUUCUCUAAGCUGCAGUCCUUCCGGAUGUCCCUUUAAAAUCUUCGAUUCCGGCGCCAUAUUGCUGAAGUCACGUCUUAUCACACACAGUCAAUCGUCAUAUACUUUAACUGUGAGAGUAAGAGACGCCUAUACUCAAGUAGCUGACAGAGGUACUCUUAGCGUCACCAUCACAAAUAGGAACAGCGAUCCAUCUAUUUCAACCCUAGGACUAAACACUGUGAAUGAAAAUUCUCCCUUGGGUCAAUCAGUUCUGAAAGUUACGGUAUCAGACGCCGAAUCAAACUCACUACCAGUAUACGGUGUUUUUACUCCAGCCUACGGAAUGAAAUACUUUGAUCUUGACCCAGCAACGGGGAUCGUGACAACAUCCUCCAUGCAUAACAUAGACUACGAUAUACUGCCAACAACAGACAUAAUUUUAGUGGUACUCAGUACAGAUGGCAUUGCUGUCGCCUCUCAGACUGGAACAAUAAGAAUCGUAGACGUCAAUGAACCCUGUUAUUUUGCAGAAGACUACUACCGAAUUAUCAGAGAGGAAGGCAGUAGCAGAUCAACAUUUCCUCUUCCAAACUACAACAUAAAAGACCCUGACAUAGGCGAAACUUUUAUUUUUCAAAAGACAUGCGGUAGUCCUCACGACAACAAAGUGUCAAUCAACACAAACACAGGACAGUUCUCAUUCCUGGGAGACUAUGACCUUGACAUUCCAGGAACAACCACAAACUUUAACUGUACUCUCACCGUGAGUGAUUCUGGAGGAAAUUCGGAUACCACUGUUGUUGGGGUGUUUAUUGAAUACAAAAACGAAUUCUCUCCAGCCUUUUCAGUGGCCUCUGUUUCAUUGACUCUGCAAUCUCAUGAGCUGAUUGGUGCAAUAGUUACAAACUUUACUGCGCAUGACAAUGAUCUUUCUACGCAUCCUCAAGGUCAAUUCUAUUACAUUUUAGACCAAUCCUCAAACUCGUUAGAGUAUUUUGGAAUUAUGAGUAAUGGUAGCAUUUAUAUUAAAGAGGACUUAACUCCCUUGUAUUUAGGGAAAACAUUACUACUGACAUUAACAGCAAAGGACAACGGUACACCCAGCCGUCAAAGUUCUAUAUCGAUAACAAUUCAGAUCCCUUUAUCCACAACAACUACCAAUGUGUCACCCACAGAAAAAGCAUUACAAUUUGAAAAUGAUACAAGGAACUCUGCCAUACUGGCUCUCGGUGGAUUUCUAUUCUUGGGACUGCUUUUUACCACUGCUUUCAUGAUUCACAAGUAUACAUUAACAGGAAAACAAUUUUGGUAA